AGGCGGCAGGUGAACAGGGAGGGAUCUUAAAGCUCAGGGGUGGUGAGGCUGGGAUCGGCCGUUCCUGAGGCACUGACGGACCCGGGAGGGGAGCAGAACAGAGCAGAGCAACGCAGGGUGCCGGUCGCGUUCCGGGAGCCGAGCAGGUAAAAGGACACAGAAGAGAAGAUGGACUGGGGAACUCUGCAGGCUGUUUUAGGAGGUGUAAAUAAACACUCCACCAGCAUUGGGAAGGUCUGGCUCACAGUCCUGUUCAUCUUCCGUAUCAUGAUCCUGGUUGUGGCUGCAGAGAGAGUCUGGGGAGAUGAGCAACAAGAUUUUGUCUGCAACACACUUCAGCCUGGGUGCAGAAAUGUUUGCUAUGAUCACUUUUUCCCCAUCUCUCACAUCAGACUCUGGGCCCUGCAGCUGAUCUUUGUUUCCACACCUGCACUGCUGGUGGCCAUGCAUGUAGCUUACAGGAGGCACGAGAAGAAAAGACGAUUCAGGAAUGGUGAGAAAAUAGAUAUCGAAGAGCUCAAAAAUGAAAAGAUUCACAUUCGGGGGCCCCUGUGGUGGACAUACACCAGCAGCAUCUUCUUCAGGAUCAUCUUUGAAGCAGUCUUCAUGUAUGUGUUCUAUUACAUGUAUGAUGGGUACCAGAUGCCUCGCUUAGUGAAGUGCAAUGCCUGGCCCUGUCCCAACACAGUGGAUUGUUUUGUUUCUCGGCCCACUGAGAAAACCACAUUUACCAUUUUCAUGCUUGCUGUGUCUGGGAUCUGCAUGAUGUUGAAUCUGGCUGAGUUGUGUUACCUGGUGAUAAAAAUCUGCAUGAAAGAACCCAGGAAAACAACAGUUUUAAAAUAAUCCCACAGUUUCAGGAUUUCCUAGCUCCACAUUUCCCUCAAACUUUCUUAGGUGUCAGAAAGCAAUAAGCAAUGUUUUUACACUCAAAGAAAAAUUUAAAAAGCCCAGUAAUUAAUGUUUUAAAAAUAUUCUCCCUGGGAAGCUGCCACUGAGGAAGGUUUUAAAGGUAAUUCAGUAUUCCUGCAUCAACAAAUUAGAGCAGCCUUCUGGCAACAGCUCUUCCAAGCAUGCCUGCUGCUGUGAUCCUGUUGCUGGGACAAAGUCACUUUUCAAAAAGAAGGCUUUAGUGCCCAAAGAGAGAGCCAGGAAUCACAAACACAGUGUCAACUUCAGAGGCAAGUUAAUAAAGGAUUUUGGUCAAAAGUGGGGUGAAGGGUUUGGGGGUGGGGGAAGGGGUAAUCUACAGCUUGUGAAAAGGACGAAGACAGCUAAGUGACUGUGUUUAUAACACAUGCCCUGUUCUCUCUGAAGGACAAGGGAAGGGCUUAGGAACACAGAUGCUCUUGCAGGGGUGUUGGACUAGAUGAUCUUUUGAGGUGAUUCUGUAGUCUAUGGCAAUACAUGUUACCAGCUCUGUUGAGCACCAAUGAUGGGUUCUUUUUUCUUUUUAUCUCCUUACCUACACUGAGGAGCAUCUCCUAAGGAGUUGAGGGCGGGCAGUCUCAACUACUUGUGAAUGUCAUUUAAGCCUGUGCUGCCUCCCUCCAGUUGCAGGGCCUGCAUAAGUGGGAGGCAUGAAGUUUGUUCUUUAACUCUCUUGGUCAGAUGCAAGAAAGGAUUGUCACUUUUGAGCAGGUCGGGGCAGUGUAACUGUUCCUUCUUUUGGUCCUCCUCAACACAUUGUGAAGAAUCUCAGUGCAGUAGAUUUUAUUCAAUGAAGAGACUACCACCUGAUUGUGCCCCCUCAGCUGUUACUUUUUUGUUGUUGUUUUUCAGUAAAAGCUAAGAAAAAUUGUAUUGUUUCAUUCUGUUAUCCAAAACAAGUGCUUCAACUUGCAAUAUGAGACACAGUAGAUUGCACCUACCAGUGCUCCUUCCAUCAGUCCCCUUUUCCUGUACAACCUGCACAGCUUUUCUUCAUAAAUUCUUCUCCCUACCUUCUCUCUAUUUCAAGUGAGUGCACUUUCAAUCUCUGACAUCUCACAUUGUGAUACUGAAUCUCCCUUUUCUUACACUAGGUCUAAUGGGAAUUGCAGACAGCUUGCAGAGCUAAAAAAGCAAAGGGACCCAAUCAGAAAUAAGGAGGGACUUGGUAUUUUUCUUGAAGUUUACAUUGCUGAGAUGUGAAUUGUACAUUACUGACUUGAAGGGCUAUGUGAGUCAGUCUGGUCUUCUCUCUUCAAAGUAGUCCCAAAGACGUGUUUUAUCUGUCGCUGUCAUAGGCAGCUACAUCAGCACAUACAGCAGCACAGUUUUAUCUCCCAAGUGCCUGUCCAUUGAACCCACUUCUAGAAAGCUGGGUAUUUCUCCUCCUUGGCUUUAAUAACUGGCUUGUCCCUAGAAUGAAUGCAUGCUAUUUCAGCUUCUCUGUUUGCAUCCACCUCUUACUGUACACUUUAUCACUGUUGGAGUAAACCAAGCUGCAUAAGUUAAGACCUGUGACCCUUCACUGUGCACUGAAAGUGAGCACAAGCAGGCUUGUAGUGCUUGAGAGCUACAUCCAGUGUUACAGUUUGACUGCAGAUAGAAAUCUGUCAUCUCAAAGAGGAGCAAGAAAACCAUAAAAACACCAGUCUCAGAAACACAAACUGGAAGAGGGAAAGCCAUUAAUAAUGAGCUGAAUUGGGAACUUGGACUGUGAAAACAUCCUUAAUUCAACUCUAAAGAACAGCUUGGCACAUACCAUGUUUGUGCUUGGUAAAGUUCCUACAUUGUGUCACAUACAAGCAUGAAGAAAACUAUCUACACUGCCAGUACUCUAGCAUUAUAUUUCUUUUGUAACAAGAGGAUUUUUUUUCCUGAAAUUGCAAUUAAAGCAGACAAUUGCGGUGUCUGUUUUCUGUAUUACUUGUGUCAUGUAUUACCUAACAUCUAAUGAAAAUCUUGUUCACCGUAAUGGAAAAUGCAGGCACCAAUACUGCAUUUAAUAGCCAAGGGGUAUUCUAAAGAUUUCAGCCUUCUACUGCAGGUUGUUUACAUUUGGUUGCAUUGCCUGUUAUCCUGCAGAGCUUAUGAGCUGGUGGAGAGUCACAUAUGUGAUCCCCUACUAGAAGUCAAAUGUGCUAAGUCAGCCUUGUACUAGCAGAACUGCACCUAGAAAGGGCUGGUGAUGAAUAUCUUAACCAGCUUCUUAGGUGAGAAGUUUGUUUUUCCAGCCUGUUUAGGAGUUCAACUGGGACUUUGAAUGAGACACACCAAAACUGGUAACAGUUGCACUGAGAUUUUCUUCAACUAGAAGUCUGUCAACCAGUUUAUCACAUUGGAAAAAAAGAUAGAGGGAAAGUGUCUGAAAGCAGCCAAGAGAACUUUGAUCCAGAACUGCAGCAUUGGGCAAUAAUAGCUCUACCAGAACAUAUUUACUGCCUCUCAGAUUUAUUUUCUGUGUAUAUUUAAUUUGACUAAAUAACUGCUGUGUAGGGGAAAGUACUUCAGAUACUUCAUAGGAACAUAGGAAUUGCACCUUUUUCUACAUGUACUACAUUGCAUGGUUUACCUCCUAAAAAUUGCUUUUAUACAGAUUAAAAUACAAUGCUAUAUGGAA